CCUUUUGUGGCCUGCCAUUAAAUGGGUGCUGGCAGCAGCACCCACAGUGCCUGAAGGAUGUGACAGGACAGGGACAUGAGCCCUCAAGGCCAGACAGCAGGAUGGCAGAGGGACCCUCCAGUGUUCCUGGGCAGGCCUGGGUGAAGGAGGAGGAGGAGGAGGAAGGGCCUGGGGCUGCCCCAAAAUGGCCUCCUGAAAGGAGAGAGAGAUUCAAGCCAGUGCGGGCAGACCCAGUUGAGGACCUGACAGAAGACCAGGAGCAUGCCCGAAAGCGUUUCAGCCAUAGAGCUCAGAUUUUUUGGAAAUUUGUCAAGAACGAUGAACGGGAAGAGAUCACCAUUGCAGCCAUUGAGGGCAUGGUACGCUGUGACUCCUAUAAUGCUGAGGCUUGUGCUGCUGUGCUGGAUUUGCUUGCACAGACAGAAACCUCCAAUCUGAAGCGUGUGCCAACCAUUGUGAAGUUCAUCCACCGGUGGCUUGUGUCCAACAAGGAUGUGUCUUCUGAGCACAGACUGGACAAGUCCCUUCUAGAUCUGACCCAUGCACACCCCAGUGAUGUGGUUGUGACCCUCCUGUGCUCUGCCCCAUCAUGUGAAAGAGCUGCUCUGACCAUGUGGAAAGUGCUCAUCUCCUCGAGCAGGACUGCAAAGAUGGUGCUGUCAGAGUUGCCCUGCAUUAUGGAGGACUGGCCGGAGCACAGCACAUGCACGUCUGAUGGCAACAGAAAGCAAGUCUUUGCCCUGGCUGCAACCAAGGCACUGUGGGAGAUCAUCCAUCUGCCCUUAUCCCCAGAGGCAUCAGUAGUGGCCCCUUCCCUCUUCGUGGCUCUGCUGGUCCAAGUUUUCUGCAGCACAGAGGAGAUGCCAGGAGACAUCAAUAGACUCUGGAGGAGAUGGCAGAAGAGAGAGCACUUUCCCACUAACCCCAGAAGGUUUGUAGUGCUGACAGUGAAAGCACUUCUCUGCCGUCUGUGGCUGGAGGAUGUGGUGUUGGCAAUCGAACGUAAGAGAGGCUGGGACACACUCCUUGACAAUGACACCCACCACUAUGCAGUGAGUCUGUUGGCCAGAGAGAUGCAACAUGUCUCCAAGUCCUUCCGUGAAAGGAUCGCGCGCUACCUGGUCACGCUGCUCAGCAGGGAGGAGUCACGCUGGCAGGUCCCUGCCAUGGCAUUCCUUGUCGAGUUCCUGCAAUGCCUUGAAACAGAGGAAAUGGUUGAUACCAUCCUGCAGCUCAUGUCAAAUCAUCUGCAGAGUCACUGCAAAGACAUGCAUCGCUUGGUGCUCAGAGGCCUCCUUGUACUCUGCAAGAGUCCCUGGAAGGCCAGAAGGUUGCAGAGCCUCCCUGAAAGCCUCAUGGAACUACUGAAGGAUGCAGAUGGAGAGCUGGUUGGGCUGACCCUCUCUGUGCUCAGCAAGGUGCUCCUGGACAACAACGUGGCAAUUGCUGUCCCCACUGCUCUGCAGCUGGCUGAGGCGCUCCGGCCACUGUUUGACAGUGACACCAGCCAUGUGCAACUUCUCUCCAUUUGCCUCUUUCGAGAAAUGAUAGUCUGUUUGGAGAAAGAGGGGAAAAAGUCCGUGAAGAUGUGUGUGCGCCAGAGUCUCCUCCCACUCUUCUACCACCUGUAUGAUGAGAACUGGCAUGUGGCAGAGGCCUCUCUGAAAACCCUGCUUCAAGCGACCAAGUUUCUGAAGAAGAGGAAGUUCAAGCGACUUCUGGAGAGGGAGCAGCCAUGGAAAUGUAGUGAGUGCCUGCUGGCAGAGGACAGAAGCACAAUAGAUGAGUACUGGCGCCAGUCCCUGGCAUACCUGCAGAGCCCUCAGGAGUCCAUGCGAGAGACGGCCAUCAAGUUCAUCGGGCUCAUGGGGCAGCGCAUGAGGGGACGACGGCAGGAAGAGUUCCAGAUUAUCUGUGAUGCCCUUCUAGGCAUGGCAAAUGACAUCAGCCCCUCUGUCUCAACCCUGGCAGUUCAAACAUUGCACAGCAUAAGAACUGCACAAAGAAAUCGAUUGCCUGGCCUAUUGCAGCUGCUACAAGACCAGCUCCGCAGGGUGUAUAGGAGAUAACCUUCCCUCUGGGUCUUUGGCUGGCCGUGCUUUGCAAGUUGUGAGCAGAGCUGAUCCCAGGAGCUCUGACUGCUGGGACCACCUAAGCCUGCAGGAAGGCCAAGUGGGUUCUGGCCUCUCCUAACCCACAGGACAGUUUCCUUUCAUCCCAGUAUGGAAAUAUAAAAACUGUAUUAUCAUAUCAC